AUGGACCCAAGCCGGACAUCUCAGACAAUCCCCACUACGCCCGCGCACGAUCGAUCAUUUCAGUCUUCUCCUUCGCUCUCUCAAACCCAAAGCUUCAAUGGAGUCACCAAGAAGCGCAAACGGGUUGCCAUUGCGUGCCCCGAAUGUCGGUCACGGAAGACAAAAUGCAAUCACAAUAUGCCCAGACAAGUUGAUGAUGGUAUGCUGAAAGGAAUGCCAAAGAGUUCUCAAGCCUACAUCCUAGCUCUAGAGAAAAGGCUUAGAAGAUUCGAAGAGCGAGAAAUCCGCCCUUACGGUCAGCUACAAUUUUCGGAUCAUUCAGGGUCAUUGUCUCUACCCGCAAGAAGGAGCCAGGCGAACUCUUCCAUCACAGGGCGGUCAUCACCUCGUUGCCAUCGACGUGCCUCCGAGUCCAUUCUCAUCUCUGCCAGCCCUGAAAUAUUCAUGGGAGGAAACUCUGGCAUCUCGUUUACCCAACUGAUUCUCAAUGCGAUGAAUGGCGCCGAUUCCAACAAGCUGGAGGCCCAGUCCCUAUCAUCUGCACGGGAUCCUCCCGGCUUCUCGACGCCCGUGGACUUAUUUGCUCUUCCACCAAAUUGUCGGGAGUUGGUUGAUCUCUUUUUCGAUUUCCACUAUGAGCUAUCGCCCAUUUUUCAUGCGCCGACCCUCCUCGCAGACAUCGACCGUGUUAUUAGUGGUAACGUAGCGUACCGCUCAGAAAAUAGAUACACGCUGGCAAUCAUGAAUAUGAUUUUUGCUAUCGCCGCUUCACACCAGCGACGCAGCACGGGCGCGUCAAUUUCUAGCACGAGGGGAUAUUACGACAUCGCAAUGGCCCUUGUCGGACCAACGUUACUCUUCGACUGGCAGAUUGAAAAGGUUCAAAUUUUGUUGUUGGGCGCCAGAUACCUCCAAAGUUCUAAUUCCCCCUCGGAGUGCUGGAAUGUUCUUGGCCUAGCAAUCAGGAUUGCUUACGGUCUUGAGCUUCAUCGCGCACCUGGAGAUGAGUUUGACUGCAUUAUGCGAGAGACGCGAAAGCGUGUGUGGUACGCCUGUUAUGGCCUGGACCAAUUACUGAGUAUGAUCUACGGGAGGCCGGCUGCAACCUCGUCUUCAACAUUCAACACACCACUCCCUGAAGAUUUGGACGACGAUUGUAUUCAGACAAGCAGGUUGCUAUUUCCGAGCCUUGAGGCUCCGUCCCGAAUGUCUUUCUCAAUUCAGGUUUCAAAGCUGUAUCGAUUGCUUGAGUCAGCAGCCUCCCUCGCUGAGCCUUCCUUGGAAACGAUUGUGCAGCUAGACGAGGCAUUCGAGUCAUGGUACGCCGAUGUACCCACAAAUCUCAGAGUUCAGAGCAACACGACCGUGCAGGAUGAUAAGUGCCUUAUCCUCGCUCUCAGAGCAAACAUGGUGAGGAUUCUCAUCCAUCGACAAUCACUCGCUUCCACUCUCAAUAUCCUGUCCAGAAGCGUCGAAGCUUUGAAAACUUCCGAGACCCUCAAAAUUAGUAUGCUCCAGAACAGCAGACACAUCUGCGUCCAGACCGCAGAGGAGGCGAUAGAUUUGGUUGGUCUUCGAUAUGAGCAGACUAAGCAUGCUGUCGGCCCAAGCUGGUUUAAUCUCUACUACCUGUUUAAUGCAAUCCUAAUUGUUGUAUCGCAUGUGGUCGACCCAGAAUAUCGAAACGACAAAAAGGCGCUUUCCCAGCUGGAUCGUGCAAUGCAAAUGAUCAGGCACAUGUCUACAAAUUACCUAUGCGCGCAGCGCACAUACACUUUCCUUCAACAACUUCUCGGCUUUAUGGAUAAAUCGUUGCUCGUUGACAGACGAAGAGCCACAAGCUCUUCGAGACCGCAGACCGGAUCUGCACCAUCGCCCGUUCUAGAUGGCCCAGCCUUUGACCAGAGUGGUGGCUACGACGACCUGUCUCAUGCAGAACUUUUUGCAUUUUGGGACAUUACCCAAGAUCUGACCGCCAACCUAGGUUCUCAACUUGAGUCUUACUCAUCUUUGGGAUCAGGAAUGUGGUCAUGGGACGUUGACGCUCAGGAUCAAAAUCCGACGAUGAUUGCGCCGUACUGA